GCCUUCGCCUCCAAAUCUGAAUUCUCCUACCAAGCCGACGAAUUGGUUUGGGCGGAGAGCGAGAGGGAGAGAGCAAGGCGGAGCGGGAUGGGGAGCCAGAAGCUCUGGGCGCUGUACGUGGGCGUGGCGUCGCUCGCCAUCGGGAUGCUCGGGGUGCUUGGCGUCUGGCUCUGCUACCUGUUCCAGGCCGUGGCGCGAGGGACGCCUCCGGCCCGGGCGCCGCCGCCGCCGCCGCCCCCCUGCACGCCGGAGAAGGAGGAGGACAGCAAGAACGGGCUCUCGGAGGAGGAGCUGAGGAGUCUGGGAGGGAUCUGCGAGGCGAGGACAGGGGACGGCGAGGAGGAGCCGCUCUGCCCGAUCUGCCUCGACGGCAUGGAGGCCGGUCGCGCACCCGUGCGCGUCCUCCCGGGAUGCAACCGCGCCUUCCACCAGGACUGCGUCGACCGGUGGCUCGCCAUCUCGCCGCGUUGCCCCGUCUGCAACAUCUGGGUCAUGCCGCGGUCACCGGGGACGUCACCGCCGUGCGCCAAGCCUGCUCUGGAUUCUUGAGAUGGCGGCGCCGCCGCCCCGAUCAUGGGUCAGUUCUUGGUUCUUGACGAGUUCGAUGGAUACUCGUCGCUCGUCAUCGUCGGUUUCUAGGCUCUGGAGAGCGGUUCUUGGCGAUUUCUUGCUGGCUAUCUCGUUUUCUGUGAAGGAUUCUUGGGCGGACUAGAUGUAAAUACCUUGGCGCCCUCGAAUUUUUGGCGGAAAUCAACAGGCUUUUGUAGGUUUCAGUCCUUUCAUAUUGUAGCAGGUCACAAAUUUGACCUGAUUUAGUCUAAUUGGGGAUAGCACAUUCAUGUUGUCGAUCGAUAAGACAUUUUCGAAACUAGAUGUUGUAAUUUUCGUUUUCUUUGAGCUGCCUUUGACGAAUUUAUUGAAGUCCCGCAGAUGUAAAACCUUGCAUACUUAUGUGGUUAAAUCCAGAAGUGGCUUGUGAACUGUUGAAUCCUGAAUAGGUUCAGUCUUGUUACUUCUCGGGUUAACGUGUUGGCAUCUAUGGUAAAACGCUCCAAAGUUUCAUCUUGAUUCCUGU